AACCCUCUGCCCAGCUCGGUCGCCAGCGCCAUCACUGGACAGCUGCAGGCCUACAGUGACGCCUGCGAGGCGCUGUCUGUCACCGAAGUCGCCCUGGGCUUUCUCAGCACCGCCGGCGGGGAUCCCAGCAUGCACCUGAACGUAUACACGCAGGACGUCCUGCGCAUGGCCGGGCAGUCGGCUCUCGUGGUGAAGGCCCUGAGCGGGUGCCAGCUGAAACACACCGUCGCCCUGUGGCAGCUGCUGUCCGCUCACAGGUCCGAGCAGCUGCUGCGCCUGAAGAGGGACCCGUUCGGGGACCUCAGCCCGCGGUACAAAGAGGACCUCAGCCCGGAGGACGCCAGGCUCCUGCGCGCGUUCCUGAAGCAGCCCGGCCUGGACGCCUUCCUCCUGGAGCUGCACGAGAUGAUGGUGCUGAAACUCGGGGGCCUGCAGCCCGCGGACGGCUUCAACCCCGCCUGGAGCCUGAGAGACACCCUGCUGUGCUACCUGGACGCCAAGGAGAGCGAGCUCCCGGCGGUGGAGGCGCAGUUCCCGGAGCAGAUCCUGCUGUCCAGCUGCGUCGCCGUGUGGAAGGCGGCCGCCGCGCUCAAGCAGGAGCGCCAGCUGCAGUAGAGCCGCCCGGGCCGUGGUGAGCGCCAGCGUGAGCGCCGGAGCCCCUCGGUGAGCGCCAGCGUGAGCGGCGGAGCCCCUCGGUGAGCCACGGCGGGAGUGACGGAUGACGUCGGGAGUGAUGGAUGACGUCGGGAGUGACGGAUGACGUCGUGAGUGAUGGAUGACGGGCCCCUGCGUGGGCCGGGCCUCAGGGAGCGCUCAGGAGGCCGUGGCCACAGCGCGCCACGUGCGCCACCCUUUCUGGAACGCGUUCCGGCACUUUCCGCGUUGUGCGUGCUGUUCACGAGGGGCUGAGACGACGGGGAGCAGGGAAGCGGCGCCGCCCUUUAUCGCAGGAGAGGAACGCGGUCGCCCCUCGCGGUCGCCCCUCGGCCUCGCACCCAGGACGGGGCUGUCCCCAGCCUGGGGACGCGGCCACCGAGCCCUCCGUCCGGGAGGGAGGGGACGCCCCGGCGACUCGGCUUUCCUGCCUCACUGCACUCACGGAGAGAAGCGGGUUCCUGCCUCGGCCCCGCCCCUCACCUGGGCGCUGGGCGCUGGGCGCGCAUCCCUGUUCCCAGAAGGCGAGAAACUGCCAGGCUCCUCGUCUUCACACAAAUUCCGGGCGAGCCGGGAGCCUCUGGGAGGAGCCGCGGCCGGAUUCCCGGGGGCCCAGCCCCAAGCUGUCGGGACGCUGCCAGGGUCUCCGUCUCCCCACGUGGCUGGGGCUUUGAAAAGUGCCUGGAAAACGUGGGUUAUGUCUGUGGGCUGCAGCAUUUUUUGUGCCAAAGUGUAUUUUUAACUCCUUCUUCCACGGACUUUUUGAAGUCUCCCCGGACCUAAGGGCACGGAUCAAUGGCCAGAGCGCCCCCCGGUGUCGGGUCUGAAAGUGCCGCGUGGGGGCCGCGUGUGAGGAGCUGAGGCGCAGCCCCUGCGGGGUCGCGGCCAGGGCGUCAGCUGAGGCCAGGGCGGCCUCUGUCCCAGCAUCGCCCGAGCUGGUGCUGUCCUAAGGGUCACCUUCCUCCCCCGCCCCCGGCCCGCGUGGAGCUCGGCACCUGUCAGCGGCGUAGCGCAGGUCGGGGGCCACGGCUUCCACCCUCAUUCAAGGGAGUUCGUGACUCGGCCUGAAUCGGGCCCCUGGGAGACGCCAGCUGAGAACCGGCCACAGACUCCGGCGGGUCCGACCCCGGGGAGAAGCUCCCUCAGUGCCCCCUCGUGUUGGGGUGCCCGACGCGGCCUGAGCCCAGCCACGCCCCACAGACCCGGCCUCCGCCUGUCCCUCUGCCUGGAACUCCUUGGCUACCUCAGCGCUGGGGUGCAGCUGGGCCUGGGCGCCCACCCCACCUCCUCACCGCCCAUGCCUUAGCGGGGGUGGGGAGGUCAGGCGCCAGUCUCGUUCCUUCCCUCUGCCCCCCGUUACGGGUUUCCAGUUAAAAUGCUUGCAAAGCCUUAGUGUCGCCUUGUUAGUGGGAGCACGCAGCCUAGCACAGGCGGUGGGUUCCACUGUCCCCGCAUCCUGUUUUAAUAAACCCGCGUUGGUUCUGCUCAAA